GCGUAGGCGGUGGGGGGAACAUCGUAACACCGAGACCCAUACCUAGUAAUUCCGCUCACUUUCUUCAUACCUCCGAAGCUCAUCCUAAGCUGUCAGGGACCACAAGCUGAUAACCGCUCGCGUGCUGUACACGGCAGUCAUACUUCUGGUUGUUUUAACCAGAAUGCCCCUCACUCUCACCAAAUCUUCUCAGUUCAUGCGAUAAUUCGAUCACGCUCUAGAAUCGCAGACGACUCCCAAACUUCCAUUAAUUAGAGUCUGGCCUUGUCAUUCACGCGCCUACCAUCAAUCCGUCAGACCAGCAGCUCCAGACAACUCACAAUGUCCGUGUGGAACCCCGAUAAUAUCCGCGACGUGGCCGAGUCCGUCGGCAUCGUCAACCUCAACAACGAUGUAACCGAGAACCUUGCCCGCGACGUUGAAUAUCGUAUCGCUCAGGUGCUUGAAGAAGCCCUCAAGUUCAUGCGCCACAGCCGCCGCACUCUCCUCACUACACAGGACAUAGCGCAAGCUCUGCGCGUGCUCGAUGUGGAGCCGCUGUAUGGAUAUGAGUCCACAAGGCCGCUGCGGUUCGGGGAAGCCUCGCUGGGACCAGGGCAACCGUUAUUCUACGUGGAGGAUGAGGAGGUGGAUUUUGAGAAAUUGAUUAAUGCACCGUUGCCGAAGGUGCCGAGGGAGAUCUCUUUCACUGCACACUGGUUGGCCGUUGAAGGCGUACAGCCGUCGAUCCCUCAGAACCCUACCUCGGCGGACUCGAGAAACCUGGAAUUAAUGUCCAAGGGCCCUAAUGCAAACUCUACCCUGGCGGCAAUGAGCGGUAGUGGGAAUGUUGCCGUUAAGCCGUUGGUCAAGCAUGUGCUAUCGAAGGAACUACAAUUGUACUUUGAAAAGGUCUGCAGCGCCUUCCUGGACGAGUCUAGCGAGGAGUACAGAACGUCGGCCUAUUCGAGCCUGAGGGAAGACCCAGGACUUCACCAACUCGUGCCGUAUUUUGUGCAAUUCAUUUCUGAAAAGGUCACCCAUGGCCUGAAAGACAUCUUCGUCCUGACCCAGGUGAUGCGCAUGGCGGAGGCUCUAGUGCAGAAUAAAUCGCUCUACGUAGAUCCCUAUGUUGCAUCUCUUGUUCCUCCCAUCCUGACCAGUCUGAUUGGUCGGCAGCUUGGAGGCAAUGCGGACCUGUCCGAACAGUUUUCCCUCCGUGAGCUGGCCGCAUCUCUUCUGGGCCUCAUUGCCAAAAAGUACUCCCACUCCUCACACACGCUCAAGCCACGGUUAGCUCGGUCGUGCCUGAAGACGUUCCUGGACCCCUCGAAGCCGUUCGGGGCGCACUACGGAGCCAUCAUUGGUCUCCAGGCGGUUGGGGGAGCGGAGGCCGUGCGGGUUCUGAUCCUGCCUAACCUACCGACCUACGGAGCCCUACUGAAAGACGGCAUGGCGGAAGAGAAUCCACGACGGCCCGAAGCAGAGAAAGUGCUCGCCGUGCUAUUUGGGGUCCUCGGCACUUUGCGCGAGGGACGCACGGCACUUGCCAAUGGGCAUAAUGGCGUCGUCACCGAGGAUUUACGCGGGCGCCUAAAUGGCAAAGUGGGAGAAUUUCUCGCAGCCAAGAUCAGCGAAGCGGGGGAGGUUGACCUGGUGCAUGCGAUCUUGGAAUUGUAAAUUUUGAAGCCCCCUCUUUGUUAUCAUCUUCCCUUUUUUUUUUUUUUUUUUUUUUU